AUGACUUCCAUUCAAGCCCUAGUUGCUUCCUUCUUCCUAGUUCUUGCCGUAUCUGCAACAGCUCAGCCUACGUCAUCGUCCCUCCGGGUUGGAUUCUAUAAAUAUACAUGUCCUUCUGCCGAAGCCAUCGUCAGAGACACCGUUUACAAGGCCUUUUCCAGUGAUCCGGGGUUGGCAGCUGAUUUCGUCCGGAUGAUUUUCCACGACUGCUUCGUUAGGGGCUGUGAUGCAUCCAUCCUCCUAAAUUCAACCAAGGGAAACAUUGCCGAAAGAGAUAGCCCAGUGAACAACCCUAGUUUAGAAGGUUUCGAUGUCAUCGACCAAGUGAAAGCCCGGCUCGAAGCCGCAUGCCCACAAACUGUCUCGUGUGCCGACAUCAUCGCAUUUGCAGCCCGAGACAGCGUCUUCAAGGCCGGCGGAAUCUACUACGACAUCCCCUCGGGCCGUCGUGACGGUCUCAUCUCCCACACCUCUGAGGUGACCCAGAACCUUCCUCCCCCGAGCUUCACUGUGCCACAACUCAUCGCCAACUUCGCCAGAAAAGGGUUCUCGGUGGACGAGAUGGUGACCCUCUCGGGAGCACACUCCAUCGGCGUCUCUCACUGCACGUCCUUCUCGAACCGUCUCUAUUCGUUCAACGCGACGUACAAGCAAGACCCGUUGUUGGACCCUAAGUAUGCGGCCUUCUUGAAGACCAAGUGUCCCCAGAGCAAUUCCAAGACGAACCCGACGGUGGCGCUCGACAGCAUCACGCCCAACAUUCUGGACAACAACUACUAUCAACAACUAAUGACUUAUCGUGGGUUGCUCUCUUCUGAUGAGGCACUGUACACUAGCAUGUUGACGAAAGGGAUGGUGUUGAACAACGCAAAAUACGGCUCCGUGUGGGGGGCUAAGUUCGUGAAGGCAAUGGUGAAGCUGGGCUCGGUCGACGUGCUCACAGGUAUGCAGGGCGAGAUUCGGAAAGUUUGCAGCGCCGUGAAUUGA